CCUACGCCUCUAAUCAGUCACCCCCCUAAACCCUCCAUUAAAAGACCAAAGCCAAAUACAGCACAAAAAUUUUAUUUACCCUUCUCAACAACCUUAACCCACCGCCUAACUCUAUCUCUCCCCUCCUUUCCUCCUCUCGCUCUCUCUCUCUCUCUCUCUCUCUCUCUCUCUUAAACCCUCAUCACCCGCUUUUGCAGCUCUUCCUUCUGUCCCAAAAAACACCUUCUCCUUAACCAAAGCCUAAGAAACCAAAAAAAAAAAAACCCCGAAACUAAACAAAAACAAGUAAACCCAUUUUAUUUGUUUCUAUUUUUCUCAAAUCUACCAGGACCCAGAAAGAAUAGAGUAAAUUUCAGAUCUCCACCGCUCGAUGUGGCGGCCGCGUGCUAAAUCGACAGUUAAGAUUCGCGACACCCCGUCUUCUCCUUUCUCUUUCUCCACUUUCAAAGACAUCCAAAAUCUUUGCAUAGAGGAUCAUCCCUCCAGUCCCAUAAAAAAAUCCUCCUCCAUUUUCCACCGGGUCCGGCUCGCCACCACCUUCCUCCGCUCCCUCACAUUAUCCUUAUCCGAGCCAGAACACAAUGCCACUCCAGCUCAUAACAAAACGACAACACCAUCGCUUCAAGAACAACCUCUUAUCACAAUCCCGGGUGCCGACAAACGAAUUGUCGUCUACUACACAAGCCUACGUGUGGUUCGUUCAACAUUUGAAGACUGCAAGACCGUGCAAUCUAUCCUACGUGGAUUCCGCGUUUUAAUCGACGAACGAGAUCUCUCAAUGGACUCAAGUUUUUUAAACGAGUUAAACCAGAUCUUUUCCGGCGGUGGUAAUUGUGGUCGGAAGCUGACAUUGCCACGUGUCUUUAUCGGAGGGAGAUACAUGGGUGGAGCCGAAGAAAUCAGACAGUUAAACGAAUCAGGUGAGCUCAAGAAAUUUAUAGAAGGAUUGCCUGUGGUGGAUUCUGGUGUUUGUGACGUGUGUGGUGGUUAUAGGUUUAUUUUAUGUGGUCAAUGUAGUGGGAGUCAUAAGUUGUAUAUAGAGAAAGCUGGGUUUAAAUCCUGUACGGCUUGUAAUGAGAAUGGUUUGAUCAGGUGCCCUUCUUGUGCUGUCUAAUUUUUAUUUUCUUUUCUUUUUUUUCUUCAAAUUAGAAGGUUUGUCGUUAUUUUUCUUGGGCUAAUCUUAGUUUAUAGGGUUUUUUUUCGGUUUUUGGUAUUAUGAGAUAAGUUUUUUGUUAUCUUGUAAUGUAAUAACCUUAAAAUCAAAGUUAGGAAGCUAACGUUAUAUUAUAAUUAUAAAUUAAGACUACUUCUUUC